GCGGUGGGAGGCCUGCCCCUCCCGUCGGGCACCGCGCCCUCAGGGAGACGCUCUAGGCGGGAGUUUUCGGCAGGCGGCGGCUGACGUUGGACAACAAAGAUGGCGGCGGGGAGCAGCAACUACUGGGAAGAUCUCAGGAAGCAGGCGAGGCAGCUGGAGAACGAGUUGGACCUGAAGCUGGUCUCCUUCAGCAAGCUCUGCACCAGCAGCCGGGACGGGCGGCGCGACAGGUAUAGCUCUGACACCACUCCUCUCUUAAAUGGGUCGAGCCAGGACAGAAUGUUUGAGACCAUGGCUGUGGAGAUUGAACAGCUUCUGGGGAAGCUUACUGGAAUAAAUGACAAAAUGGCAGAGUAUACAAAUAGUGCAGGGGUCCCAUCGCUGAAUGCUGCACUGAUGCACACGUUACAGCGUCAUAGAGACAUCUUGCAGGAUUAUACUCACGAAUUCCACAAAACCAAAGCGAACUUCUUGGCAAUACGAGAAAGGGAGAAUCUGUUGGGAUCAGUACGAAAAGAUAUUGAAUCGUAUAAAAGUGGGUCUGGUGUGAAUAACAGAAGAACAGAACUAUUCCUGAAGGAACACGAGCACCUUCGGAACUCAGAUCGACUGAUAGAAGAAACAAUAAGCAUUGCCAUGGCAACUAAAGAAAAUAUGACUUCGCAGAGAGGGAUGUUGAAGUCAAUACAGAGCAAGAUGAAUACCUUGGCUAAUCGGUUUCCAGCAGUGAACAGCCUGAUUCAGAGGAUCAACCUUCGGAAACGACGGGAUUCUUUCAUCUUGGGCAGCAUCAUUGGCAUCUGUACCAUCCUACUGCUGCUCUUCGCCUUCCAUUGAUGGAUGUUCCCCCGUGGACUCUGUUAAACUCAUCACCACCAUCCCUCCCCCCAGCCAAGGGGAAAUGAGCGGGGGAAGAGGUGGACUUCCAACAUCCUGCUCCCCCUGGCUGGGACUGUCAGCAUGAUGCCUAGAGUUUAUGAUGGUAGACUGCGACACUGGUUUGGGGUUGAAGCUGCAGUGUUUCUCCUUCCCUGCCAUACAUCUUCCUUCGGUUAAAUUUGGUGGGUUUUCUAUUUUUUCCUCCUUUACUCCCUUCAAGGUAAGUAAGUACGGCCACUUAACGCCGGUAGAACAGCUCCUGUGCUCGGUGGUGCUGGGGAGAUGCAGGUGGAAACUGCAGGAAACCUGCUUCACCUGCAGGCACUUCUGAGCCCUGUUGUCCUACGAGAAGAAUAUUGCAGCUUUAAGCCGUCAGGUUGCUUUGCUACUAGAUACAUGUUCUGUAAUUCUUUUUAACUCAUGGUUGAGGUAAUAGUUAUUUCUGCAUCGUUUGUGCUGUGAAAACUGUGCUCCACACAAAUUCCUCCAAGAAGAGAAGGAUGGCUCCCUUCACUUUUUGCACAGAAUACGAAUAAACCGCCCUCUGAGGAACAGUGACAAGGUUUCUUGUGGCUUUAAAGGGACUAACAGAUCCCCUUUUAUAAGAAGGGAGCACAGUGUCCUAGCAGCUGUUUACCAUAGUGUUCAGUCAUCUGAAAAGUGACCAAACGUGAGUUCACCUCAAAGCAGUCUUUUGGGUGUCAGUACUUGGAUUUUGGCUGACGUCCUAAAGGUCUUUGUAAAGACAACGAUUGAAAAGUCUAUAUUGUAAUUUACAUAAAGUUAUUCUAAUAGCGUUAAUAUUUUUACACUGUAAGUAAGAUAUAAUCUAAACUGUCAGUUGGAAAUGAAAAUCACAAUGGUUGUACCUGGGGCAGACGCAUCUAAGUGCAAAGGUUUUGGACACACCUUCCCAUAGGGAAGAGUUGAAUGUGAAAUGGUGAAACAAGUUUUAUUUACUGUUAUCUGGGGGAGUUCUUCUUGUCCAGGCACAGAACGUGAACCCUGAUGUGUCUGCAUCGAUAACAAAACCAGUGCCAGGAAGGGCUUUGAUAUUGCAGAAUGACUACGAAUGAUGAAUUUUUCUUUCUGCUCUUUCAUCUGCUUUUUUCCAUCUGCCGUGUGCUAACCCAAUGAAUUCCAGCUGAAGCACUGGAAUGUCUGAGAGCUUAAUUAGCUCUUCUGCAGUGCUCCUAAGAGAUUCCAUGUAUGCCAUUGCCACGGAUGUCAGGUAGCCUCCAGGUUUUCUCCUGGAGCAGAGCCUAGCGGGGCGGUUGCACGUUGUACUGCCUUUCUAGGGUGUGUGCAGCACUGCUGGGGGCAGUCCACAUCUGUGCCUGUGUGGUGUGCAACCCAUACUGUUGCCCCUGAAACGUUUGUAUGGGUUGCAAGGCUUAUUGGCAGGAUGAGAACUUCGUGCUAAAAAGUCUCCAAAGGCUUCCAGUCGGUCGCCAUCGGGAUUAGAAAGCGUUUGGAAUUAAUACAUGUAAAUAAAGGGUGAUUAUUUGGUUGAUCUGGGAAUACUCCUGGUUUGAAAUAAAGCGCUUAUUGCAGGGGUUUGUGAAAAACCUUGAUGGAUAAAGGAAGUUUAUUAAUGAAUCCGUGUGUUGGGAGAUCAACCCUUAUCUCCCCGUUCCACCCUGUCAGGACCCUGGCUGGCAGUCGUGCAUCUGCUUAGGAUUUGUAGGAUUUGGUUGCUCUAUAGUUGGCACUCUGAGAUCUGCAGUAUCAUCAAUAAAUUCCUUUCCUUAAUCUGGUAACCCAUCUUUCUACUGGUCUUAAUUGAUGAUUUGGUGCAUAUAUUUAAUCUUGUGUGAAAAAGCUGCUAUGGAAAGUAUGUAAUUAUAAUAAAUAUGUAAACAUGAUUGAUUUUUUUUCAUGUUACGAAGAUAUUUCGGAGGAACUGAUUUAUAUUAGUACAAGAUAAAUAUGCAGAAUUAUCUCUGAUAAAGCUUGACUGGGAACGCUAGCUGUGGUCCUUCCAUGCAGUUCUUCUUAAUCUUAAGGAAAAGAUGUUGUUAAUUAGUUUUCAUUUCUGGAAUUCCUGGCACGGUUGCUCCUCAGUAACUGGUCAUUGCUGAGCGUUGCUGUGGCCAGAACCAAGAACGUGAGGGUUUCUCUGGCCAUGGGAAGGCACCAUGGGUUUGUGACCAGUACUGAGCUCAUGAGCUGUUGGGUAUCAGCGUGCUGUAAGCGCCGGCUGGGUUCGUUAACGCUGAUCAAGCAGAACUUUUUGUAGUUGUAGAAGUCCUUUCUUUUGAAGGCUUUAAGGUUGCUGUGAGGAGAAGAACCAGUUCCUCCCCGGGUGCUGAAAAUGGAAGAGCUGACCUUUGUGUUGGUAGGUGAUGUCAAGGCCUGGGUGCGCUGACGCCUCGUCCUCCGGGAGCUGCGUUCCCAGAACUGCUCCGCCAUUCCCAGCUGGGAAGCUCCCAUUUGGUUGGGUCCAUUGGGCCUCUCCAAACCUAGCAGCUUGUUUGCCAAGAUCACUCCAUGCAUAACUUUUUCUUAGAUGUUUUUUUUUUUUCCAAAACCUUCCGUACGAAGCAGGCGGGAGCGGUGCCAGCUGUAUCAUCUGUGAAGGAGGAAACAAUUCUGAAACUCCUCCUAACGGCGCUGGAUGAUGGCAGCCCCCAGAGCAGAGCUCCUGCUCAGCAACGUGCAGCCGAGGAGGGCGCGAUGGGCCCGGACUGAGCCAAUUCCUGCGUGACAUCAGAAACCCUCCUGGAAUCUGGGGGCUGGAUGCGUGAAACCAGCGCCGUGCUCUCAGCUCUGAGCACAGUUCUCUGUUGUUCUCUGUCAGCUGUGGAGUGAGGACAGUGGUUUUAAGUCAACGCACUCUCAAAAUGAAGCCACCACCACCACCAAAGCCUUUCUCACGCAGCAUCCCAGCCCACACUUCUGUAAGUUCAUUUCUGAUGGCACUUUCUGAUUUUAUUUUUGCUUUUCACAAAGCUGCUUGAGACUUACUGCGUCUGUAAUUAUCUUUCUUUUCACCUAUUGUGCGUUCUCUGGAUGUAAUUACAAAGCUUUGAUAUGUAAUUUAAUAAUAAAUGAGAACUCUAA